AUUUCUCGCGUCACAUCAGCCAAUGCUGCGUCUACUUAUAACAUGUCUAUGAGCGCACUGCUCGCUUGGAGGAAGCAAGGAAGGAAAGGAGCCGAUUGUGCGCAGUGUUACCUCAGAAAAGCAAGGACUGUUUUUUUUUACACUCCCGUACUAUUUCUGCGAUAUCGUUAAUGGGUCCGGGUUACUAUUUCCUCACCCGGUGCGUCGUCCACCACUCUGAGACGAUAUGUAGUGUGUCGGCUCAUUAGCUCGUUGUCGGCGACAACAAAGCGAGGUGCUAAAGCUAACACGCUAAGCACCAGUCGUGUCAUAUUUGUGCGGUGUGACUGAUAGCUAUUGCGUAACUAACGCGGUCCCUCUCGCCUUCAAACAGGGCGGUAAGAGACGUGGAAGUCAUGGCCUCCGUUGUGAUAGAAAGUGAAGCGGCUCUGAAGGGUGUAAGUGACAUGAAUUUGAACAAUAGUCGCACAGAUUUGGGCACACCCAGGCGGACCGAGGAGGGUUUCCGGGACAGAGAGACGUCGAGCCCGUCGUCUUCUGGGGUGUCCGGAGAAGUGGACGAGGAGGAACUGGACGAACUGCAACACAGCACGGCGUCCACGGUGGAAAAUGGCGAGGAGGCACUUGAGGAGAGUCUAACCAAAACAAGAAGCGGCUCACAGGAAAGGACGACUGUUGACAAUAGUCAGAAGGCUGGCACGCCAUCUGAGCGCAUUGGAAGCCUGGAGCGUCAGGAAUCAGUCGCCACUACAGAGGCUCGGUUAAGAAUGGAGGGAGUCGAGCUUAAGGAAGAGUGGCAGGAUGAGGACUUUCCACGGCCUCUGCCUGAGGAAGAGGAGCUCGACGACGAGUUAUUUGCUGGAGCCUCUGAAGAGGGAGACACUGGCUACACAGUGAACCAUAGCAAGAAGGAGAAGAAGAAGCUUGCGGCUCCGGACAUCAGCCUCACUCUCGACCGUAGUGAAGGUUCUAUUCUGUCUGAUGAGUUGGAUGAAAGUACAGAGCUGGACUUGGAUGACAUGGACACACCUUCCGACAACAGCAUUGAGUUUGAAUGGGAAGAUGAUCUCCCCAAGCCCAAAUCUACAGAACUACUAGAGAAGGGCGUGGAGUCAGUCCAACAGUACUCUGCCUCAGAGGAAAGGGAGGAGGGCAGACGCUGGAGGGUGUUUCGCUUUGGAGACCAGGAGCACAGGGUGGACAUGACGGCCAUUGACCCUUACAAGCGAGUUAUAAGCCAUGGAGGUUACUAUGGCGACGGCUUGAAUGCCAUAAUUGUCUUUGCUGUGUGCUUCAUGCCUGAGAGCAGUCAACCAAAUUACAGAUACAUCAUGGACAAUUUAUUCAAGUAUGUCAUCGGCACACUUGAGCUUCUGGUGGCAGAGAACUACAUGAUUGUCUAUCUCAACGGGGCAACCUCUCGGAAAAAGAUGCCAACUGUCGGCUGGCUCAGAAAAUGUUAUCAGCAGAUUGACAGAAGGUUAAGGAAGAACCUAAAGUCAUUGAUAAUCGUCCAUCCCUCUUGGUUCAUUCGCACCGUGUUGGCACUCACUAAACCUUUCAUUAGCACCAAAUUUAGUCAGAAAAUCAAGUACGUGUACAGCCUGACAGACCUGGCAGAGUUGGUCCCCAUGGAGUACGUGUCCAUACCAGAUUGUAUCAAGCUGUUUGACCAGGAAAAAAAUAGGAAAAGCCAUAAAAGGUUUACAUUGGGAUUUUUUUGAUAUUCGGAUCGACCAGGACGUGCACAGCAAAGUGGAAACGGCCGCCGCUGCCCUGCCCGAGUGACCCUUGAGCAACAGAGCAAGAGAAGGAUGAAGAAUGUUUAAAGCGCUGCCACUCGAUUUUUUCCCCCCCCUUGUGUGUUUUGGGUGAUGAGACUGGAAAAGUGCCUUGUUGAAGCCAUGCUGCCUGUUACAUAUGUGGAACUCUUUGCUUGUUGUUUUUCCUCCUUUUAAUCCCCUUUUAGUGUUGCUGUGUCCUGUCCAAAUGAGUGCAUUUCCUUGUUACUUUAUUUAAGGCACUCUGUUACAAAUCAAUGAUGCAUGUACUGCUUUAUUGCAUUGAAAUAUAUAUUUAUAUUCAAAAGGAGAGAAAGUAAUAUAUUUUUAUGGUUGCUCUUGAUUUUAAAAGUGCAUUUUUUUAGGUCUCUGACCCCGCCUUUAUUUUUACUGUCCUGGGGAGAAAAAAUAAAGCGUUAUUUUUUUCAUGUGGAGGGACAACAAUGUUCACAAAAGGCAACUCCAGCGAGUCAGAGCGCUAUUUUUGAUCAGUUUGGACACAAUCUUUAUUUUCAUGACUAUUUACAUUGUAGAUUGUCACAUCAAAACUAUGAAUGAACACAUGUGGAGUUAUGUACUUAACAACAAAAUAACUGAAAACUUGUUUUAUAUUCUAGUUUCUUCAAAAUAGCCACCCUUUGCUCCG